ACCGAUCCCACCAGCUAAGAAAAAAAUUGAUCUCUGUUUUCAUGUUUUGAUAUACAAGUUUCGGCACUAGGUGAAAUCAGUAGGAACUAAAAUUUGAUCAGGACACAGGUUCGAUCCAAUCUAGUGUCGACGUUUUGGGUUUAAGUUAGGGUACUGGUUACAAAAACAAAAACAAAACGAUGAAACUUCUUCUCUUGGGCGUUCUCGUGUGUGUUUCUCAAUCUUCACAACAGGAGGUCACUGAGGUCAGACUAGCACGUGACCCACGGGUAGGACAAGAUUUUAUAAGCGGUUUGGCAGGAAACGUUAACUAUGGCAACUGCUAUGACCGUUGCUACACCGCUCACAGGAUCAACCAGAACCACGUAGCGGGCUGCGAGUGUGGUCAGUUUGAUUACACAAGUCUAGACACUGACCACAACUGUAACUGUCCAGCCGGAACUGUGUGCCAGAGAGAGUUUGGUCGAACGUCCUGUGUCUCACGUGGACACAUCGGAGGUCGUCUCAUCGGGGGCGGGCGCUAUGGAAGCGGGGGUCAGACCGCGGGUCAAGUGCCAGGAAAAGAACACUGCGGGUUCCUGGCCACCAGGUGUCGCGCCAGUCCAGGUGAGCAGUACACGACGUACAGGUACACGUACGACUACCAGAGCCAAGCCUGUGUCAAGGUCGCUGUCUACCUGACCUGCUCCACCCAGUACGGGGUCGGCACCAACCUGUUUGAGAACCAGAUCGAAUGUUCCAGAGUCUGUGAGUUGAACAGAGGCUGAGAAAUGGCACGUACCUGAUCCCGGGGGAUGAGAGCUGCCACACCCUGACCCCACACGCCAGGAGAAAUACCUUUGAACUAUCAUUAUGCCUUUUAUAACGGUUGGAUACAAGGAAAAAAUUAUGCAAUAUCAAUAAAUCAGUUGUAUAAACAAAAAUAGAAUUGCAGAGAAAUUUUAGGUCAACCUUUGCAAGAAAAUAUAUUUAAACUGAGACCGAUGUAUGCGAUA